CAUUCAUUCAACAAUCCAACUCACCACCACCACCACUCCACCCGCCAUCACAAUGUCAGGCGACAAAAAAAAUGCCUACGGUACCGAGACCGGCGGUGACACCAACUUCCGCCGAACCUGGAACCGCGAAGAAUGGACCGCAAAGGCGCAAGAGCGUGAAUCUCAGGACCGCGCGGCCUCAAAACUCCACCAGGAGGCCAAACUCGCGGGCAAGAAAUUCCACCGACCGCCCACGCCUCCGGACGCAAGCAGCACCUCGGCGCGCGCCUCGCGACUAAACCUCGAGGAGAACCUGAACAAGACGACCCUAGUCCCGGCUGGCGCGGGCGUGGGCAAGAGGGGGAGGGGGGCCGGCUUUUAUUGCGAGGCUUGCGACCUCACGUUCAAGGACUCGCUGCAAUGGGUGGAUCACCUUAACUCUAAGCAGCACCUGCACGCCGUCGGUGAGAGGGAUGAGGUUGUCGUUGCUACACUCGAGAUGGUUGUUGAGAGGUUAGCCUGGUUGAAGAGGAGGAGGGAGGAGGAGGGGAGGGAUGGGGAGGAGGUGGAUCUAGCGAGGAGGUUGGCGGACAGGGCACGCGCGGAGGAAGAGGAAAGGGUGCAGAGGAGGGAGAAGAGGAAGGUUGCUAGGCGGGAGAGGAAGGAGAGGGAGAGGAAGUUGGGGAAGGAGGGGGAUGUUGAAGGUGGAGAUGGUGAUGGGAAGGGAGGAGGUGAGGAGGAGGAUCCGGAUGCGGUUGCUAUGGCUAGGAUGAUGGGUUUCGCAGGUGGGUUUGGGACCACGAAGAAGAGGAGCUGA